AUGGCUCCCAAUGGCGAGGCGUCAUCGGCGGUGGCCGCCGUGGCGCCGUUCUUGGCGAAGCUCAUCGGCGGCAGCGACGUCCUUGGGCAUGUCGAUGGCGACAAGCAUGACCACAAGGAGAUGGAGCAGCUGACGACGACGACGAGCGGCAACGGCGGCGGCGGCGGAGAGGUUCCGGCGGCUCCGGGCCAGGAGCAGCAGCUGCAGGUGGUGGUGGUGGAGGAGGCCGAGUGCGAGUGCUGCGGCAUGUCGGAGGAGUGCACGCCAGCGUACAUCGGCGCGGUGCGGCAGCGGUUCUCGGGGCGGUGGGUGUGCGGGCUGUGCGCGGCGGCGGUGACGGAGGAGGCCGGCAAGAACGGCGGCGAGCGGGAGGCGGCGCUGGCGGCGCACAUGGCCGUGUGCAAGCGGUUCAACGGCUUCGGGAGGACGCACCCGGCGCUGUUCCACGCCGACGCCAUGAGAGACAUCCUCAGGAAGCUCGCCGCCGCCGGCGGCCGCAACGCUAGCCGUAGAGACCUUACGAUGACCGAGGGCGCCAUGAAGGCCACCGGCGGCGUCGCCGGCGGCAUGGUGAUCAGCUAGCUAGCUGAAGUUUGCAUGGACAAAGCGUGCAACAUGAACAAGCUAUAUAUAUAUAGCUGAGCUUGUAUGGACAAGCUUUUGUAUAUUAGCCUGCUUGCUACAUUUGCCCUAGCAAUGUUGCAUUGCAUGGGCUUUAAUUUCCUAAUGUUUUCAGGGUGUUCAGGUUAAUAGAUAGGUACAA